AUGACAGAUUCACCUGCACAGCCAGCUGCAAAGCGGAAGCGGCUCUCCUACGCGUGCAAUUACUGCCGGGAGAAAAAGACUCGUUGCGAUGAGGAACAGCCAUGCCGGAACUGUCGUCUCGCUGGGGUGCAAUGUGUCACAACCGACAAGAGACGUGAUAAUGCGCCCGUCUCUCAUCGACGUCGUCCCGAUCUGUCUUUAGGCUCGGAUGAGCUGAGACCGCGAAGUGUAUGGCCAAUCAACCCGGCUGAUGCCCCAAGACGCUGGUGCGCACAGUUCCAAGCAGGUACAUCUCCGCUUAGCCGCGCUACGCCUAGAACACCGGAAUCCACUCUUUCUUCUAUCACUCCUGCUCCCCAGGACCAGCUCAGGUUAUGGAGUCAAUGCUGGGGGAAAGAUGGGUGGAGAACGGGUCGCCUUCCUAUGAUGCCGCGCUUCGUCGGAUCCAGCACUGUGGAGUUGCUGGGCGAAUGGCUCAACAUGGCUCUUUAUCGACUGAAAGCCGCAAAGACACGCAUAAUCCCUCCUUCUAUCAAUGGAGACUUUGCAUCCUUGAUUCUUGAACAUCCGCCUGAUCUCCCCCUUCCUCCAGAGAGACACCGAGCCAUCGACACUUUCUGGAAAACUCUCCACCAACUCUUCCCAUUUCUAGGUCAAGAUGCUGCUGAGAUUAUCUCAGCAGAAGCAUCCACUGCUCAGAACUUACUUCUACGCAAAUCCUCGGAUGCGCCGAGCAAUGGAAUGACCUAUUUGAUCAUUACAGCAGGCCUCUUGGCUACACCAUCUUCUGUGGAGACCCGAGCACUGGUCUCAUCUUAUUUGAGUUAUUGCAACUCCUUACUGGGUUACAUUCUGGCCACACGUUCGUUGAAGUCGGUGCAAUUCAUACUCUUAUUAUCCAUUGUUCUGCGGAGCUGCGAUAAACUCGCCUGGGCAUGGGAUGUCCUCUCCAUGGGCGUGUCAAUUGCUCAGUCGAUCGGAAUAAAUCGAUCUUCAGCUAGCUCAGCUAGUAACAUUCCAAAACAGCCUACUUCAGAGAGUGAAACAUGGUGGUGCAUGUAUGUCUUCGAAAAGAUAUUGGCUUUUGAGCUAGGCCGACCAUCCGUGAUAUGGGAUCGCGUGUUAUCCGAGACCUCUUCAGCCUCACUGGAUGUACCCAUUGAAUACAAAAAUCAGUUUCAGUGUGCGGCUAUCAGUUUAGCUAAUAUGUUGCAUGAGAUGCAAGAGCGCUCUGCUAGAGCGUGGAGACGUGAGGAGUGGUUGCCUCAAUCUGUCGACCAGGCUAUCGAGGAAAAAAUCCAGACUGGAGGUGAGCUGGUAACUUUGCUUGAUGAUUGGAAGAAGAGUCUUCCACCAGGGUUGAGGCUCAGGUCUACCGCAAAUCCAAAUCUUGCUAGUUCGCCGCAAGCUGCUUUUCUCUCAUUUUACUACAAUCUUGGGUUUAUUCAUAUCAAUCGCUCCACACUUCUCAUAUCUGAAACAGAAUUGCAGACGAUGGUCGACAGAUAUGCAUUAGGAAAACCAUGGCAUCAGCGGCUUCUCAACGGCCCUGCUAUUAUUACCGAAGCUUCUCGAGACAUGAUCAAGCUAUUUGUCUCGCUGGUGGACUCCGGGACGCCGAGCCUCCUCCUCACAAUGACUUCGCCAUUAGCGGCGGUCUACGCCAUAGCGAUAUCCAUCUUACGGCAGCGAACUUCCCUCUUAGCUCGUGCUGACUUUGAACUCAUGAGAGCAGGCAUACAGAUUACAACACAGCACUAUCACCAACAUGGGACCGCGAACAACAUCGAUGAGAUCUUGCUCGAUUUAGAACGGUACACUUUGCAAUGUUUAGAAGGCUCAUCAUCCGCCCAAUUGGAAGAGCCUAAUGGGGACCUCGAAUCCUCCUUGGAUGAACAUUCCGCUGCUGAAUUUGCAGCAUCUCUAGGUCUAGACCAGAGCUGGGGACCAUCGGCCCUUGACUGGGCUGGAUGGGACUGGAAUGAUUUAAGCCAUUUGUUUCAACAUAACGAGUAA